UAGUAUAUUACAAUGGUUCACUUCUUCGCGCCUAAGAUAUUCGACGUUCCUCAACGCAGCGCGAGUUCCGUGGAAGCAAGUUGAAUUCUGAAACGGCUCCUGAUUAAAAAAGAGAGCCCACUGUUUCCAUGCGCCUUUUUCGUUGGCAUCACGGUAUGAAUGUGCCGAUUGUCCGACGGGGAUCCGAUCUCUCACUGAAUGGUGAUAUACAUUAAUUACCCACCAAGUCGUCUUCAGGGAAACAAAAAAGGAACAAUCGCACAACAGUUUCAGAAAUAGUCGACAUUUUCAAGACUAUUUUACUCUUGAACCGGAAGGCCGUGUGGAGAGAUUUUCUCUGGAGCUGUGUCUAAUUGUUACAAGACACGUCUGGAAGUACAGUAUUGGGUUGUGGAUUUUUUUCUUUGGUCGUUGUUCUUUUUAUCUCGCUUGGAUCAAGUUGGAAUUAAGGUGCGGUUUUCACGCUAAUCAAUGCGGACAACAACGGAUUUUUUCCCAAGCUCUGCUUCCUCCAUUUGAUAUUAAUUAUUUUCCUUUGGAUUGCAAAAUGAUUGUUCGGGACUACGUUUAAGACGCGCUUCAUCUGGGUGAACCGACUGCGAUUCUAAAAUAAAGAACCAUAUCGGAUGUCCUAUUUUUGUGCAUGCUACAUCGAGGUUGGCGUUGAACAGAACACAGUGAACAGAGAAAGCAGCGAAUUCUGGUGGAGCGUUCUGCCCUGACGGCCCCGUCUCCGCUCCUCGAUCUGCUGCCCCGGCCGGGCCCAGAGAUGCCUCUGUGAGAUGAGUUAUGGAGCCCUCCGCUUGAAUCCCGGAACAGUGAGCUGAUAUACCAUGGAACGGCUGGUCUUGUGUGUGCUGGUGUUUGGAGCUCUGGUGAAGGGACACAACUGCCCCGGCCGUUGCAUCUGCCAGAACAUCUCCCCCACCCUGACCCUGCUCUGUGCCAAAACAGGACUCCUCUUCGUCCCUCCCACUAUCGACCGUAAGACCGUGGAACUGCGGCUGACGGACAACUUCAUCACUAUCAUACGUAGGAAGGACUUCUUCAACAUGACCAGUCUGGUCCACCUAACCCUUUCCCGAAACACCAUCAGCCAAAUCGCCCCCCAGGCCUUCGUGGGCCUUCGGUCCCUACGGGCCUUGCACAUGGACGGCAACCGUUUGAGCACCAUUAAGACCGAGCACUUCAAAGGACUGGUCAACCUUCGGCACCUUAUCCUGGGAAACAACCAAAUCCACAAUGUGGCUCCCACCUCUUUUGAUGAGUUUGUGUCCACUAUCGAGGACUUGGACCUGUCCUACAACAACCUGCGGACACUGCCUUGGGAGGCCAUUGCCCGGAUGACCAACAUCAACACACUCACCCUGGAUCACAACCUCAUCCACCACAUCGAGGCCGGGACCUUCAAUCUCCUCACCAAGCUGGUGCGUCUGGAUAUGACGUCCAAUCGGCUCCAGAAACUUCCCCCCGAUAGCCUGUUCCAGCACGCCCAGGUCCUGUCUGACGCCAAAGGCUCAAACCCCUCUUCUCUAGCCGUAAGCUUCGGGGGAAACCCCCUCCACUGCAACUGCGAGCUCCUGUGGCUUCGCCGGCUCACCCGCGAGGACGACCUGGAGACCUGCGCCUCCCCGGAGCACCUCAUGGACAAAUACUUCUGGUCUAUCCAGGAGGAGGAGUUCAUCUGUGAGCCUCCCCUGAUAACCAAGCACCAGGCCACCAAGCCCUACGUGAUGGAGGGCCAAGGGCUCACGCUAAAGUGCAAGGCCAUGGGAGACCCGGACCCGGUCAUCCACUGGCACUUCCCAGACGGCAAGCUGGUCCACAACAACUCUCGGACAAUCUUGUAUGACAACGGGACCCUGGAAAUCCUCAUCACCACGCUGAAGGACAGUGGGGCCUUCAACUGCGUGGCUUCCAACGCUGCUGGGAUCGCCAACGCAUCCGUGGAAGUCAACAUGAUCCCCCUGCCCCUCUUUGUGAACAACACCGGCCACAUGAAGGAGGCAGACCCUGGUCUCUCUGACAUCACCACCUCCACCAAGUCAAACAGCAAUGACACCAAGAACCAGGACAAGAGAGUGGUGGCGGUCGACGUGACAUCCUCCUCGGCCGUGAUCCGCUGGCCGUCGGAGCGCCACAUCCCAGGCAUUCGCAUGUACCAGAUCCAGUACAACAGCACAUCGGAUGACACGCUGGUCUACAGAAUGAUACCCUCGACGAGCAAGACCUUCCUGGUGAACGACCUGGCAGCCGGCCGGGAGUACGACCUGUGCGUGCUGGCGGUCUACGACGACGGCAUCACCUCCCUGACGGCCACGCGCGUGGUGGGCUGCGUGCAGUUCCACACGGCCAGCGAGGCGCGCCAGUGCCGCUUCAUCCACAGCCAGUUCCUGGGCGGCACCAUGAUCAUCAUCAUCGGCGGCAUCAUCGUGGCGUCCGUGCUGGUCUUCAUCAUCAUCCUCAUGAUCCGCUACAAGGCCUACAGCGCCCCUGACGACGGCAAGGCCAAGGUCAGCAACGUGCACUCGCAGACCAACGGGAGCCAGGCGGCCCUGCGUCGCUCCGCCUCCAAGCAGCCGGCCGAGGACCUGCGCCUGGAGGAGGCCAAGCUGUGCAAGGCCCUGGUCCUGAAGGUGGACUGUGAGACCCGGGAGGGCCCUCCGGCCACCACGGCCAUCCUGGAGGUGGAGCUCCCGCCCCUGCCCCCUCGAGCCGGGGACCUGGGCGCCCGGCGCACCAGCUUUGACGGGCAGCACUCGGGCCUCUUCUCCGAGGACCUGCAGACAGACAGCAGCCUGGCCGGCUCCACCAUGUCGCUGUGCCUCAUCGGGCCCAACGCGGGCACCAAGGAGGCCCCCCGGCUAAAGGACAAAAAGGCAGCGGCGCUGGUGAACAUUGGGCUGCUGCCCAGCGAGCUGGCAAGAACUAGGCACCGGUUCUCCUUCGACGGGGACUACUCCCUGUUUCAGAGCCACAGCUACCCUCGCCGGGCACGGAGACACAAGUCCUCCAAUCAGCUCAACAUGGACUCCUCGCCCCUGGCCAACCGCAAGGUGACAUUCAGCAGCACUGAGUGGAUGCUGGAGAGCACUGUUUAACGGCGUUCCUUUCGCCCGUCGAAGGCACGCGGGGGAGGUUCGCGGGCCAUUCCGGUUCCAUACUCCGCGGUGCCUUUAUUCAAAAGAGAUGUACCAGUGGAGGAUGCUGCUACAUUUUGGUCACAGUCAUUACCUUUUGACACACAAACCCCCUCCUCCCCUCCCCUCCCUCUCCCCCCAUUCACCCUUUACCCCUGUUUUUGGUGGUGGGGGGGGAGGGGGGUACUUUUAGUUUUCCCUUUUCUAUGUGAUGCUAAUAACAGUUGUGGCCAAAUGGAAGUGACUGUUUUUUGUUUCCUUUUUACACAAACAGUGAUAACGAAUGAAGCAUCAAGAAAAACAGUGAAAAUGGACAGGAAUACACCCCCCCCCUUUCCUCCCCAAUGGUUGUUAAGACAUUUUUGCACAGAAGACACGAGUUCAAAGACAAGUAUCACACCAGUCUGCACAAUGAGAGAAAAAAAUUAAAAUAGAUCUAUACACAUACUGGUUUCAUAUAUUAGCACAGAGAGAAGAUUGCUUGGAAGGACUGAUGGAACCUGUGAACUCUACAUUGCUGACAAGGCUGUAUGAUAUUGAUAAGUAUUGUAUGAAAUGUGGCUGUAUGAUAUAUUAAUAGGUAUUGUAUCUGGCUGGUCUAGAUAAAACAACAACAACCAGGAAAACAAACAGUGCCGAAAACAAAAAAAUAUAUAAAUAUAUUAAAAAUAUCUGUGUAUGUGUAUUAAAUAUAUAAGGAAGUCAUAUGCAACAUGACUUUUUACAAAGCAUUUGAGUGUUGAACACAAGUUUUUACAUUAAAAACCUGUGCAUCACAUUUUCUCCCCUUAUUUAGUAUAUCAAAUUUUGGACCACCUGUCCCUUGACAAAGGGUAUUAAAAAGUUUUGUGUGGGUUAA